AUUGAUGUGAGGUGGAGUCGUUCAUUGGCGUUCAUAUAACAGCCAUUUGUUUAACAAAUGAACUUUCAACCUACUUCUCUUUCAGUGGACGUAUAUAAAGCCCGGGUUAUUGAAGGCGCGCGGAAUACAUGAUCAAUAGACAUAGUCUAUAGAAUAAGUACUUGUAGAGCUAGCGAACGAAUAGUGCAGACCACCUCCGAGGUUAAUAUAUAACGCAGGUAUAAUACCGAAUACUAAUCAACCAAGAUGCCUAAAUAUUUCUUACAUUAUUUUGAUAUGAAGGGAAGAGGAGAGAUCAUUAGAUUUCUCUUUGCGGCUGGUGGCGUUCAAUACGGAGAAAAUGUCGUGCAAUUACCUGAUUGGCCGGCACAAAAACCCAAUCAUGCUCUUGGACAGUUACCAGUAUUAGAGAUCGAUGGUAAACCGUUUCCAGAGAGUAUUUCUAUAUCCAGAUAUUUGGCAGCAGAAUUCGGUUUACAGGGUAAAACCAAUUUAGAAAACUUACAGAUAGAUGCUCUUGUAGAACAGUGCGUCUUUUUACGAGAAGCUUUUUGUGAUGCUCAUUUUGAGGAAGACAAGCCCAAACAGACUGAACUGCACAGGAAGUUUAAAGAUGAAACGUUGCCCAGAAUAUUUGGUUAUGUUGAAAAAGUCAUUAGUGGGAAUAGCACCGGAAGUGGAUUUGUGGUUGGUGAUCAGAUGACGUGGGGAGAUCUGGUUCUUAUGGACGUGUGUGACAUCAUAUCACGUGACCCGUCAAUUUUGACACCCUAUAAAGUUAUUAAAGAACACAGAAAGAAGAUAGAAGCUCUACCAAAGAUAGCCAAUUACCUCAAGAACAGACCAUUUAGAGACAUCUAAGUACCACACUCACAGUCAUUGUUAUUGACUGCUUUUAGUGGUAGGUUUAACUUCUACCUUAUGGUGUGGGACGUUAAACCACAUUUCAUUUCAUGUAACUUGUGGCUGUGAGGUUACAAGUAUAUAGGCUCAAGUUGUACUUUAUUAUUGUAGUUUUUUUCUUACUGUCAAGUAUAAAAUUGGAAUUUGCUAAACAUAUAUUAUGCAAGAGCUAAAUCUGCCUAUCGCAAGUCUUUAUUUAGGCUUCAGAUGUUAUAGAAAUUAUUAAUUAGCUCAAAUAUUAACUCUGUAGACCCCCGGAUGGCAUGGAUACAAUUUGGAUUUAAACAGUCGUCCAUUUAAAAUUAAAUCAAUAAAUGGCGGACCACGCUAACGUUUAACGUUAGUCUCUGAUGUCACUACCGGAAACUGGUGAGGAAAAGCUUGUCAAGCGAGUCUACCAUAGCCAUUGAGCAUGUUACUUGAUAAUUGAGAAUAUGUGGGUGGAGUUAUCGUCUGUCAAUCAAACGAUCGCCAAUUCUCAUAGACGGUGCAGACACACAACUUCCAACAGUGACAAUUCCGUUCAGAACAAAGUAAUUUGACUGAAAUUUUCAACAUUUUCUUUUUUUAUCAUCAAUUUUUGAAUUACAUGUAUUAUAGCAAGAAUGACCAACUCUUUAUAAAACUCUUAACUAAUGUAUCUUUAAUUUUCGUAAUGUAUUUCGAGUUGUGGAAAUAAAAUCUUCAACAUGUUU